AUGGCGCUGCCCCGGCUCGUGGAGGAGAUCGAGAUCAUUAGUGCGUCCUUGGGGCGCCACGAGUUCCACCCGAUGGAGCAGCAGAAGCCCAUCUACGUCACGGAGCUCAACGCGCCCAAGCCCGACCGCGCGGCCGAGGCGCGCCGCAAGACUGGCGACGAGUUCUGGGCCGAGUUCCGAGACACGGCGGCGGCGCUCGGCGACUUGGACGAGAUCACGCACUACUCGACGACGUUUGAGAGUCUUGAGAAGAAGUGCAAGGCGCUCCAAGUGCAAAUGGCCGGCAUGUCCAAGCAGCUGCACACGCGCAAGUCGGAUUUGUACCUUGACUCGCGCAUCAACGAGCGUCAAGAGCAGAAGGAGCAAGAGUGGGAAGGCCAAAUGCAAGCGGGUCGCGCCGAACUCGAGCAUCUGGAGACGAAGCUCGCAAAGGUGCAAGAGGACAUUGAGAGCCUCGAGACGGACAUUCGCGACGGCGAAGCGCGGGCUGCCAUCGACCCGUCACUCUUGAUGGACGAGAACGAGACGCUUGAAGAGAUCUUGCUGCUGCGGGCCGAGGAGAAGAAGGACCUCCUCGCGGCCCUCGCCGCCCUCAAACGCCAGCGCGACGAGCACGUCCUCGAGUCCGAGAAGGUUCAGACGUCCCAGUCUGCAGAGCUGGAGCGCUUGAAGCUGGAGCGCGACAGCCUCAAGAAGACCAUCUUGGCGUACGAAGAGCCAAUGGCCGACGACGCGAGCAUGGAUCGACCAACGGUCGAGGCCCGCGCCGCCGCCCUCGCCGACGCGCUGGGGCAGUGGCAAACCAAGCUCGAGAUCGAGACGGCGUCCGUAACAGCGCUCAAGGCCCAGAUGCAGCGCCUCGUCGAGACGCAGGCCGCGAACGGCACGCCCGGUACCCCUCACCACACGUGUGCGGUCGUGCUCCAGCUCUUGUAUGCCAACAACGGCGAGAUGAGCAAGACACAGCUGCAGGCCGAGGCGGCGGCCACCGGCUGCGACGACGCACACGUCGUCCGCGCCAUUUACGCGCUCGUCGGGAAGAGCCUCGUGCACAUCGAUCGGUCGCUAGCCGAAGGCAUCGUCACGUCCAUGUUAUUGUAA